GUGCGGAUCUCAUGUAUAGUCAGUCCUGCUGGAUCUGCUUCAUCAUUCAAGCUAAGAAUAUAAACAGUGUACAAUGACGAGGAUAGAGGAGGGGGUGGGACAGAUCAGAGCACAGCCUGAGCACUGGGCUGCAUGAGAAGCUGCUGCAGGACCAUCCAAAGCUGCCUCUGCAGGUCUACAAGGGGUCCCCUGUACCCAGAAUCCUGCACCCCCCCCCCCAGACAUCUCUUCUCUCCUUCUCACAUCCACACUGCCUGUGUUGGGAAAUAUUUCGCUUCCUGCUCCAAGUUUUCAUUGCGGAGAAGUUGCAGAAAAUGAGUCGCAAUAUUUGGGAACAGAUUGUAUGUGAGACCUAGAAGGCGGCAGGAGGAGAGGAUCGCAGCCAGCUUCAGCCACCGCUGGGAUUCUUCUUUGGACUUUCGCUCAUCCUCCUUCCCUCCUCCAAGUUGGAGCUCUGCUGCUUGGAUGUGUGACAUGAUCGCAGGACAGCCGGCUCCGAAGCUGAGCAAGAUGAAAAAGUUAAGGAGAACUUUGUCAGAGAGCUUCAGCAGGCUAGCCUUGAAGAAGGAUGAGAACACCAUCGAUGAGAUAUGUGUCACGAAGAUGUCUACACGCAACUUCCAGGGAAUGGACUCGGUAAUCAAACCAUUGGACACCAUCCCUGAGGACAAGAAAGUGCGUGUUCAGAGGACUCAGAGCAGCUUCGACCCCUUCGAAAAAGCAGCAAACCAGGUGAAGAGGGUGCACUCAGAAAACAAUGCAUGCAUUAACUUUAAGAGCACAUCCGUGGGGAAGGAGUCUCCCAAGGUCAGACGACAUUCAAGCCCUAGCUCGCCAACGAGUCCUAAAUUCGGGAAGGCCGACUCGUAUGAAAAACUGGAAAAACUAGGAGAAGGCUCCUAUGCUACAGUGUAUAAAGGCAAAAGCAAAGUAAAUGGAAAGCUUGUGGCACUGAAGGUGAUAAGAUUACAAGAAGAGGAGGGAACUCCAUUUACUGCAAUCAGGGAAGCUUCACUUCUAAAAGGACUGAAACACUCCAACAUUGUACUACUGCACGAUAUCAUCCACACCAAGGAGACACUAACCCUCGUCUUUGAGUAUGUGCACACAGAUUUAUGUCAGUACAUGGAUAAACACCCUGGAGGGCUGCAUCCUGACAAUGUGAAGUUGUUUUUAUUUCAGCUGCUGCGAGGACUCUCCUACAUUCACCAAGGCCACAUUUUGCACAGAGACCUGAAACCACAGAACUUGCUGAUCGGCGAUACUGGGGAGCUGAAGCUGGCCGACUUUGGUCUUGCACGAGCCAAAUCAGUCCCCAGCCACACUUACUCUAAUGAGGUAGUAACACUUUGGUACAGGCCUCCAGAUGUGCUGCUGGGUUCCACAGAGUACUCCACCUCCCUGGACAUGUGGGGUGUGGGCUGCAUUUUUGUAGAAAUGAUCCAGGGUGUAGCUGCUUUUCCAGGAAUGAAAGACAUACAGGACCAACUGGAACGGAUAUUUUUGAUCCUUGGAACCCCCAAUGAUGAGACAUGGCCGGGUGUCAGUUCUUUACCACAUUUCAAGACAGAAAGGUUUACACAGUACGGCCCUAAGAAUCUUCGGCAAGCUUGGACUAAACUGAGCUAUAUCAAUCAUGCUGAAGAUCUCGCCUCCAAAUUGCUCCAGUGUUUCCCCAAAAAUAGACUAUCUGCACAGACUGCUUUGAAUCACGACUACUUCAGUGACCUUCCUCCACGGCUCUGGGAGCUGAGCGAUAUGUCUUCCAUUUUUACCGUACCGAAUGUGAAGUUGCAGCCAGAAGUCGGAGAGAGCCUGCGAGUGUUUGGGAAAAACAAUAGUUUCAGCAAAAGUCUCUCCAUCAGCAAGCACUGAUAAUGUAAUGCCAUGUACGUGGAAGCCAGGAUAAGACUUCAAUCAUCGGAGAAUGGAGAUCAUUGGAUUGAAGAUGUUUGCCUUAUAGAACGGAAACCUUUUGGAGGUUGAUCAUCAUUCUGUUGAUGUGAAUUGAGAAUGGAGAAUUUGACAAGAAACUGUUUUCACCCAAUAAUUUGCUUCAAGCCUUGCACGCAAUUUGCUACCUUGUGAUUUAUAUGAAGAUUAAAAUGUAAUAUCUAGACAGCAUAUAUAUAUUUUUUUCCCCCCGAAGUUCUGUUUCUUUAUCUACAGUAGAACACAUAUGCUAAUUGGAGAUCUUGCCAGUUCUCCGUUCUAGGGCUCGGUGCAUACCUUUAAUUUGACCAUUGAGUCACAGGACUUUUCAUAUAGGAAAGAAAAAAAAUUAUGUCAUCUUGCAAUAAAUGUUAGAAGCAAACAUUUAAUUUUGGAUCAAUGGUCAAAUACUCUACAACCGAACUUUGACAUUGCCGAAUAAAAAGGCCAUGUUUGAUAGAUAGCAAUAUUUUGUUGAACAGGAAAGGUCGUUCUUUAAGGCCUUUAAAAAAAAAAUUGAUACAUUUGUAUCAUUAAAUUAUAAAUAUUGUACUCAUUAUCAUUUCAUAAAAGGAUAAACCUACAUACGAUGGUUAUUCCGUUGUGGGUUUGUUUGCAUUACUCAUAUCACUACGCAACUUGGAGAAAUUGCUUACAAUUUUUCCCCUCGCAAUCUUUGUAUAUUUCAAAAUAUCAGCUCCUCCUAUGCAUCACAGAUAUAUGAAAGGGAAAUACUGAAUUUGCAAUUGGAUAUAAAGAACAAUGAUUUUGAUAACCCUUUGGGAGGUGUAAAGUCUUGACAACGUAUGAGCCAAUUUACUAUUGGGUACUUCUCAGAAGUGUCUCCUAAAUGAAAAUGUUUAAAGCUUUUUUUUCAGCUUGCUCCUUGGGAUUACUUAUGUCAGUCCUUUGGUCACUUGAGCAAGGUGAGUCUGUUUCAGACAAGUGACUGACAGAGAGCAUCCCAUAUAGUAUGAAGGACAGAAUUGGGAGAUUCUGUACAUUGUGUUCCAUGUCACAGCCAAGUACAAGUCUCCGAUUCCUGAACCAUAAUUAGGUUUAUCUGUGAUGCAGACACAAAAUGUCUGAGCAUUACUAAGGUUGGGUAUAUCUCCGUAGAUGUUUAUGAUGCUAUAUAGAAGACACAUUAAUAGGCCUGUAGAUGGUUGUGGUCUUCAGUAUCUGAGUCAAGUCUCAACUUGAGCUGCCUCUUAAAGCCCCACUUUACAUUUUAGAGGCAUCAAUACAAAAUGCCUCACAGUUCAUUUUCUUUUGAAAGCAGCCACAGCCUAAGUAGAAAAGCCUAUCUCCUACCAGCAUGCUGUAGAGAGUGGAAGCAGUGGUCUCCCUGCAAAGGUCCAGCACAUCCCCUGCCGAAACAGAGCCAAAGCUCCCCAGUCAGCAGAGACCUAUAGGUCUGUCUCAGCAGGAGGUGUGUUGGACUUCUACAGAGAGACCAUUUAUUUUACCCAAAGAGCAAGCAUCCUUCAUUGCAUUACGCUGGCAGGAGACCAUAAUUUUUCUUCAGGUUGUGGUUGCAUUCAAAAGAAAACACACUGUAAGACAUUACACACCUUUUUGUUUUGAUGUAUUUAGCUGAUUUAAAAUGAAAGUUCAGUUUCAAUUCAAGUAACGAUUUCCCAGUAUUGAAAGCAGAACCUGCAUUGGUUUCCGAUGUCUCAAGCAUGUACGCCUUACAUUGUAUUUCAGAAUUCCAUGUUCAGGAUGUUCUGUAAUACAUAUUUCAGUUUAACCUAAUAAGUGGGCUCCACGUACCAUAACACUCAAUCGGUCAGUUAUAUCACUAAUCAAAGUGAUGAGCCACUUGAAAGACAAGGGAAGUAGGGGGUGCCAGAUCAAAUGAGGGAAACAUUGAAAUGGUUGUUGCUAACUUCUCAUCCUGCAAUAGCUUGUUGCCUGGUUGUUAUGCUGACCCUCUGGUUUCAAUACUUGGAGUUUUGGACCUGGACCAAGCAGGACUUCUAAUGUCACUCUGACUUUCCUGAUCUGCUUACAGGUUCCAGAUCAAUGACUCCAAAAGGACUUUGAAGCCAGUUGGUCAGAAUAUUAGUCACGCACUAGUAUUUUCAGAAGGGGGCAGCGAUGGCAACCCCCAUGAUUUCACUCGGGAAAAAUUCACUUUCCAUGUUCAAGGGCUCUCAGGCCAACUUUUUACAUUUUAACUGUACAAUCUUCUCUCAUUUUACCAACACAUAUGGCGUGUCUUCUUGCUAGGACUCUUACCCCUCAUAGCUGUUGGUAGAUCUUAGUGUUACUAAACCUACAACUGUAACAUAAGUAUGUAUAUCCAGUAAAGCAUGCUUGUUAUAUUCACUGUACAACUUAAGGGGUUAAUACUCUGAAUUGUGUAAAAAGGCUGUUUGGUCCUGAUCCUCCCAUUCCAGAGGCCCCAAGCCAUCUCCGGAUAGUACAGAUGCUAGGGGCACUCUGCACAUGCUCAGUUUGGUGUGUAUUGCUAGCAAUGUUUUGUUGUUCUUGGGAGAGUGCAUGUGAUCAGCACAGGGCCAAUCAGCACUGUCCAGACAGAGUCAGGGGUCUGCAUCCUUAUAGGACAAUCAUGGGAGAAUAAAAACUCCUCCUACAAGCUUUAACCAAACAUUGAUAAAAGUCACAAAACUGCUCUUAACUGCUGAUUAGAAAAUGUAUUUAGCAGUUUAUAUUUACUAAAACCAUUACAUUGCCAUGUUUUAUGUACUGUGAGAGACCAGAUAUAGUGAAUGCAGGGUCCUGGGUUUAGUAACACUUUAAGUGAUUGUAAAGAAACGGUACAAUCAGUUUGUUGUGUUUAGAUGGAGCUUCUAUCUUCUAGUGCUUGCUAUUGGAGGGGAUUGCCUAUAUACAACAUUGGAACUCAGAACUGGCACACAAUGAUGUAUGUACGAUCUUCAGGUAAAAAAAAUAAAGAUAUCACCUUUAAGAAAUUACUUUGAGAAACCUGUAGGUAUUGUUUACAGCAACCCAUCAUAUUCAUUUCAACAUUUCUAAGUUAGAUGAUGAAAAUCAAAUCUCCAUUAGAGAGAUUUCCCCGAACUUUCUGUCUCGGUGACAAGAGUUUUACCAGACAAGCAUUGAAGGGAAACCUUUAACGGAAACGCAGACAAAAAAUUCAAAUACUUUUUAUUUGUAGAGCAUUUUGGUGGCAGUAAAAACCCAAUAGGGGCUCUGAUAUUUCUCUACUCCAUCCAAAAGAAAAAGGUUUGGCUGGACAUACAAUUUUUGUUCUUUAUAAAACUCCAGUUUUGGUCUGCUUGUGAACUUUCAAUACAAUCAAAUAGUAAAUAUAAUUGGUCUAAAAAAAUAAAAAGCAUUUCUUUAUAUAAAUUGAGUUAAAAUAUGACAUGUCAACAUUCAUAAAUAUUAUUGACUCAUUUUAUUAAAUUUAAACAUGAUUUCAUUAUA